AACAGUGGAAGAGAGAGUGAAACGAACACAGAGGAGCUGACGAGUAAUGGGUGAUUCAAGCGACUCUGUUUCUAUUGAUGUUGAGAUGAUACCGUUAGGAGGGAAGGAAUAUGUAGUCGAGACAAGUAAAGGUUCCAUCUCUGUUUUUGUUUGUGGGGAUCAAGAAAAACCUGCUUUAAUUACGUACCCAGAUGUUUCUCUCAAUUAUAUGUCUUGCUUCCAAGGUCUCUUCUUUUGCCCAGAUGCAGCUUCUUUGUUGCUUCACAACUUCUGCAUUUACCACAUUGAUGCCCCUGGACACGAGUUAGGAGCCGCUGCUAUUUCUUCAGAUGCUCCGUUGCUCAACAUAGACGACCUUGCCGACCAGGUUGUAGAAGUGCUCGACUUCUUUGGGCUCAAAGAAGUUCUAUGCUUGGGGGUUACUGCUGGGGCGUACAUCCUUACACUCUUUGCAAUGAAAUACAAGGACCGUGUUCUUGGGUUAAUCCUUGUUUCCCCACUUUGCAGAAAACCUUCAUGGACAGAAUGGCUAUAUAACAAGUUAAUGUUGAACUUGCUCUACUUCUAUGGUAUGUGUGGUUUAUUGAAGGAGUGUCUUCUCCAACGUUACUUCAGUAAGGAAAUUAGGAGUGGUAUGCAUGGAGCAGAAUCUGACAUAGUACAAUCUUGCCGAAGAUUACUGGAUGAAAGACAAAGCUCAAAUGUCAUGCGCUUUCUACAAGCUAUUAACGAGAGGCAUGAUCUCACUGAUGGCUUGAAAAAAUUAAAAUGCAAGACUCUCAUUUUUGUGGGUGAAAGGAGUCCAUUUCAUUCUGAGGCUCUCCACCUCAGUGCCAAAAUGGACAAGAGAAGUAGUUCUCUUGUAGAGGUUGAAGCAUGUGGUUCACUGGUGACAGAGGAAGAUCCAUAUGCCAUGUUGAUACCUAUCGAGUUCUUUUUAAUGGGUUUUGGCUACCAUCGGCAGCCAACUCUUACAUCAUUAUUGUCAAGUACUCAAGGUUCAAACCCUGCAAGGCACCUCUCCAGCCAUUCAUCGAUAGCACCAGAGCUUCUGUCACCAGAGAGUCUAGGAGUCAAGCUCAAACCUAUCAAGACCCGCAUUGCGCUUGAAGUUUGACAU